UGGGGAUAUGAAUAUGAUUUGUAAGUUUUGCGGAGCUAUGUUAUGGGAUUUGGAACGAGCUGAAAAGGCUAAAUCCACGCUUGACCCUGACUUCUCUAUUUGUUGUUCUAAAGGCAAAAUAUCCAUUCCAUAUUUGAAAGACCCCCCCGAGUUAUUGUUGAGAUUGCUUACCAACAAUGAACCAAGGAGUCGAAAUUUCCUUGAUAAUAUUAGGUUGUAUAAUAGUAUGUUUGCCUUUACCUCAAUUGGAGGUAAAGUUGUCACCAAUAUUAAUGAUGGUCAUGGUCCUCCCCAAUUUGUUAUUAGUGGUCAAAAUUACCAUCGAAUAGGGAGUUUGCUCCCAGAAGAAGGUCAUUCUCCAAAGUUUGCUCAAUUGUAUAUAUAUGAUACAAAGAAUGAAGUUGAGAACCGAUUGAAACAUUUCAGGAGUGGCGAUGGAAAUAGUAACAUUGAUCCUGAAUUGGUUUCUGACUUAAUUAAAAUGGUUGAUGAGUUCAAUCGUUUGGCCAAGUUAUUUAGAAGAGUGCGUGAUUAUGUUGAAGAUGGUCAUGCUGAUAAUGUUGCUUUGAGGUUAUUUAGAAAUUGUUCCGUUGAUCCAAAAACCUACAAUCUCCCAAGUGUAGAUGAAGUUGCAGCCUUAAUAGUUGGUGACUUUGAUAGCUCUGACUGUGGACGAGAUAUUAUUUUGCGGACAACUCAUGGUCAAUUCCAGAGGAUUUAUGAAAACCACACUUCCUUCCUUCCACUACAAUAUCCACUUUUAUUCCCACAUGGUGAAAAAGGUUACUCUGAGGAUAUUGAUUUUGCCAAUUUACAUAAUGUUAAUACUGAUCCAAGGCGUGAUCACAUUUCUUUGCGUGAAUGGGUAGUUUUCAGACUUUUUGAAAGGAAAUUUGAGUGCAACAGAAUAUUUCUUUCCAGGCGUCUAUUCCAACAAUUUGUUGUUGAUUGCUAUUCAAUGAUUGAGUCUCAAAGGUUGUAUUACUACCGUAACAACCAAUCAACUAUCAGAAGACAUUUUUUGGAAGGAAUUGAGGAAGCAAUAUCUCGUGGUGAUACCAAUUCAUCCACUGUUGGAUCUAAAGUAUAUCUACCUUCAUCUUUCAAGGGUGGUAGGCGAUACAUGUUCAAUAAUUGUCAAGAUGCUAUGGCUAUUUGUAGAACUUAUGGCUAUCCUGAUUUGUUCUUGACAAUGACAUGUAAUCCUAAAUGGCCAGAAAUUGAUCGCCAUGUUUCUCCAUAUGGAUUAACUGCUUCUGAUCGCCCAGAUCUGGCUUGCCGUGUUUUCCAUAUGAAAUUAAAUCUAUUUGUUGCUGAUCUAAAGAAGGGUGAAUUCUUUGGGAAAGCUGUCGCAGGGACAUACACCAUUGAGUUCCAAAAAAGAGGAUUGCCUCAUGCUCAUAUUCUACUUUGGCUUAGCAUGGAAAAUAAACUGCGUUCUCCUAAUAUGAUUGAUUCUGUUAUAUGUGCUGAAUUGCCAGACCCUAUUCUCUACCCUGAAUUGUUUGAAUGUGUAUCAAACUAUAUGGUUCAUGGUCCAUGUGGGUUGAGCAACACAGAUUCUCCUUGCAUGAAGAAUGGUAAAUGCUCCAAAUUUUUUCCAAAAAAGUUUGUGGCAGCAACGUCCUUUGAUAGUGAUGGUUAUCCAAUAUAUAGAAGGAGAGAUACCAAAAUAACAACCAUAAGGAAAGGGGUUCCCUUGGAUAAUAGAUUUGUUGUUCCUUAUAAUCCAAAAUUGUUGAUGAAAUAUCGUGCCCAUAUCAACAUUGAGUAUUGCAACAAAUCAAACUCCAUUAAAUACUUAUUUAAAUAUAUUAACAAAGGAGUUGAUAGGGUCACAAUGUCAAUGUCUGUCCAACAGUCGAAGACAGAUCAAGAUGAAGGUGUAGAUGAGAUCAAACAAUAUUAUGAUUGCAGAUACUUGUCUCCAUGUGAAGCUCUAUGGAGGCUAUUUUCAUUUGAAAUCCAUCUCAAGUGGCCAGCUGUCAAAAAAUUAAUCUACCACUUGCCAAAAAAACAAGUCAUCCUAUUUAAGGAACAACAACCAAUUAAGAAUGUCCUUCGACGAAACAAAUUGAAGAAUAGCAUGUUCACUGCAUGGAUGGCAGCAUGUUCUAAAUAUCCUGAAGCCUUAGACCUAACAUAUGUUGACUUCCCUUCUGCAUUUGUAUUUGAUGAAAAUAAACAAGAAUGGACCCCAAGGAAAAAGGGAUUUGCCAUUAGGCGAAUUAACUUUGUUGCACCAGGUUCUGGCGAGUUGUAUUACUUGCGACUUUUAUUGAAUUAUCAACGGGGUUGUUCAAGUUAUGAACAAUUGAAGACACAUAAGAACCACACCUAUGAAACUUUCCGAGAUACAUGCGAUGCAAUGGGUUUGUUAAAAGAUGAUCGUGAGUUCAUUGAUGCUAUACAUGAUGUUUCCAAAAUUUCAUCUGGUGAAUAUGUUCGGAAGUUAUUUGUUACAUACCUAUUGGGAAACACACUAAGUAAUCCUUUGAACGUAUGGAAUAAAACAUGGAAUGCACUUGCUGAUGGAAUUCUUUACAAUCUGCGAAAAACUCAUCACAAACCAGAUUUGGUUAUUGAAGAACAUAAGCUCAAGGACUUAUGUUUAAUGGAGAUUGAGAAAAUUUUAAUGGUUAAUGGAAAAUCUCUCAAGGAUUACUCUGGAAUGCCUCGGGUUCAAGCCAAUACACUUAAUGAGUUUGGAAAUAUAUUGAUAUUCAAUGAGCUCAAUUUUGAUGUUGUAGAGAUGAGUCGUUUACACAAUGAAUGCAUUGUCAAGUUGAACCAUGGUCAGUCAAGGGUUUAUGAUGAAAUAAUAACAGCUGUCAAUGAAUGCAAUGGUGGCUUUUUCUUUGUGUAUGGUUAUGGUGGAACAGGAAAAACAUUUUUAUGGAAGACCUUAACUUAUAAGCUAAGAUCGGAGAAAAAGAUUAUACUAAAUGUUGCAUCAAGUGGAAUAGCAUCUCUUUUGCUCCCUGGUGGUCGGACAGCCCAUUCUCUAUUCUCUAUUCCCCUUUCCUUAAAUGAAGAUUCCUGUUGUGGGAUACCACAAGGAAGUCCAAAAGCUGAACUCUUACAACUUGCUAGCCUAAUUAUUUGGGAUGAGGCACCAAUGGUUAGUCGGUUUGCUUUUGAGGCUUUAGAUAGAACCCUGAGGGAUAUCAUGAGGUUCAAACUCAAUGGUGGUUCUGAAAAACCAUUUGGUGGGAAGGUUGUUGUUCUUGGAGGUGAUUUUAGGCAAAUCCUACCUAUUAUCCCCAAAGGUAGGCGGCCAGAGAUAGUUAUGUCAACCAUCAACUCCUCAAGGCUAUGGAAAUUUUGCAAGGUUUUGACUUUAACUGAGAAUAUGAGGCUAAUGAACAACACAUGCUCUCAAGGUGAUCAAGGAAUUAAACAUUUUAGCAAGUGGGUUUUAGAUGUUGGUGAUGGAAAUUUGGGUGAUUAUAAUGAUGGAGAGUCUGAUAUUCGAAUACCUACUGAUUUACUAAUUCAUCAAUCAUCAAAUCCUAUUGCAGACAUUGUUCAGUUAAUUUACCCAGACAUGCUUCAGAAGGUAGGUUGUGUUGAAUACUACUGUGACAAAGCAAUACUUGCUCCAACUUUGGAUGCCGUUGAUUCUAUUAAUCAAUAUGCAUUGUCAUUAUUUCCCGGAGAGGAAACAACUUACUUCAGCUCUGAUUCAGUAUGGAAGGUUAAUGAGGAAAUUGGAAUUGAUGCUGAUUGGUUAACCACUGAAUUUUUAAAUGAUAUUAGAUGUUCUGGUAUGCCUGAUCACAAGUUGGUACUUAAAAAAAGUGCACCUGUUAUGCUCAUGCGAAAUCUAGAUAUUUCUACAGGUUUAUGCAAUGGUACAAGACUUAUUGUUGACUACUUGAGUCCAAAUGUAAUUGGUGCAACUGUUCUUUCGGGUACACAUAUUGGAAAGAUUGCAUAUAUUACUAGGAUGAAUUUAAUGCCAUCUGAUGAAAGCAUGCCAAUCAAGUUUCAAAGAAGACAAUUUCCUCUGAUUGUAUCAUUUGCGAUGACUAUAAACAAAAGUCAGGGGCAAUCAUUAUCUGAAGUUGGUGUUUAUCUACCAAAGCCGGUUUUUUCUCAUGGCCAAUUGUAUGUUGCUAUUUCUAGAGUUAAGAGUAGAUCUGGUUUGAAGAUAUUAAUAUGCAAUGAAGACACUGCCGAGCAAGAUGUUACAAAGAACAUUGUCUUCAAGGAAGUUUUCCAAAGAAUUUACAACAAUUAGUGUAUAUGAUUUAAUUAAUUCUGGACUCUAUUGUAGUACACUCUCUCAAUUUAAAAGCAUUUUUACCAACAUCUCCUGCUAAUGUGUUUGGGGUGUUUGCUUGGGCGAAACUAGACAUAAACAUAACAUAAUAAUAACAUAUAAGUGUUUGAUUAAUUAUCUGUGCAUUGCAUUAGUCAAUUGUUAUAAUUAGCAGUAGAGUUCGUAAAAAUUUAUCCGUGCAUCGCACGGACAAACGGGCUAAAUACUAGUAGUGUUAAAUUGUUGCUUGUGUAGGCUAAAAAAAUAGGUGCAGAUAGUUUAAAUUUU